AUGCUUACUGAUUUGUGCAAUUCUAAGGUGUGCUUAGUAAUCUAUGAUCCCAAAGGCAAUCUAGAUGUGUGGCCUGAGGACUCCACGGAAGCUCAUUCUAUCAUCAAUAACUACUACACCAAAUUAGAGUCUAAGAAGAGAAAGAAUAAUGAAGUGUGUCUCUCUAAUGUGUUGGAGAAAAAGUUGAGAAAACUUGAAGAAAAAGUUAGUUGUACUAUUACUACUACUUCUACUGUUAAUGGGGCUUCAUCAGUACCCUUGAUUUGGGAUGAAAAAUUAGCUGUUUUAUCCAAAAAUUCGUUGAUGGAUAUGGCACAAUGCAUAAAGGCUAAGAUUAUAGUUUUGGAUGAGAAGAUUGACAUGGUUAAAGGAAAAGACCAAGCAAUUUUACAAACCCUACUAUGA